CAAGAUGGCGUCCGGCCGGCUGCUGCUGAGGAGGGAGGACCAGGAGGAGCCCGCUGCCUCCGCGGACCUCCACUCCUGCCCCCGGAGGCGCUCGCUCCUCAUCGUUGUGGGACGCACGACUCGAGCCGCUCACACGGGACUCGUCUGCAGCGACAUCCAGCGAGGGAUUCAGAGCUGGGACGUGGAUCUGAGUUCGUGUAACGUCGGCGCUUAUCUCCAGGAGUUCCUCGCUCACCACACAGCCUCCUUCAAAGGAGCAGGACAGAAGUGUCUCCGCCAUCAUGGCAGAGUGUUGGACAUCCAGGUGCUGAUCAGUCCACAGCCAGAGCAGGUUCGCUCAGAGGUCUCGGCUCUGCUGUCCCGAGAAUCAUGUCAUAAGCUGUUGAUCUUGACUGGUGAGAGUCUGGAGGAGAGCGGAGCGCUGGUUCUGCAGCGGGGAAUCUUCUCACCGAACCAGCUGAAACAGGCCCUGACAGAAGCGUUCACAACAGACCAAGAUGCUUCUUCAUCUCCAUCCUCCAAGCUCCACCUGACUCUCAGCUGUCCGGAAGGCGGUCAGUGGAAGUCGACCCUCUUGAACCAGCCGCUGAAGGUUCCGUUUGUUGUCAGCGUCAACCCCCCACUGGUGCAUCCGACCAUGGCGGCAGUUGAGGAGUUUACCUCCUUGGUGUCCGGAGUCCUGUGCCCCUCAUCUCCCUUCGAGCUCCUGCCCCCUCCAACCACCGUUGGCUUCCUUAAGUUGUCUCGGCCUUGCUGCUAUGUGUUCCCCGCCGGCCGCGGCGACUGUGCCUUCUUCGCCAUCAACGGCUUCACCGUGCUGGUUGACGGCGGUUCUGACCCGCAAGCGUGUUUCUGGAAGCUAGUGCGACACCUCGAUCGCAUCGACGCAGUUUUGUUGACACACAUCGGGACGGAAAAUCUGACCGGCGUCAACACCUUCCUGGAGAGGAAAGUGGCGGAGAUGGAGUUGAGUUCUGACAUCAAAGAGGAUCCAUCCAGGAGACUCAUCUCUCCAGAACUGGGAGUUGUGUUUUUCAACGCCCCCAACAGGUUGCAGGUGGAACAACAACCAUGCAAGGACACCACUCUCAGGAGCUCAGAGCAGGCGGCUUCCACCCUGCAGCUGUUAAAGAAGUUGAACAUCAAGCCACAGCCCAUGGUUCGAACGGGACCUAUGGAGCCUGUUACGCUGUUCCAAAAGAUGGGAGUGGGUCAGCUGGACUUGUACAUCCUGAGCCCGAGCAAAAACAGCCAGGAGUAUCAGAAUUUUGUUGAAAAGUGGCCGGAUGUCGGCGCGUCUGGUUCCCAGGCUCUCCCUCUCACCGCCCUGACCUCGGUGUCUGCACUGCUGGUGUGGCUCCCAGCGUGUCCCCAGGAGAAGGUGGUCCGGGUGCUGUUCCCAGGCACGACACCGCAGGCCAAGCUCCUGCAGGGGCUUGAGAAGCUGAAGACCCUCCCCUUUCUUCAAAAACCAACAGUAACCACUGAGGACCUGGAGAAGCUGGAAGGGAAGCAGAUGCAGAGCCAGGAGAGCGGCAGAGUGCAAGGCAAAGAAGUGACUCUCAAACUGAAGGAGACGCCAGUGAAGGAGAAGGGGAAGCUGAUGAAUGGGGCUGAAAAAAACACUUCAAAGGAAGGUGGUAGGAAGCAAAAGUCGGCAGACAAGAAUGUUUUAAAGAAAGGCACCGCGAAGAAAGAGGAAAACGGAGUGGCGAGGAACCACCAGUCGAAGAAAGAAGCUUCCCCUGUCACACAAAAAAACGAAACUAAGAUGAAAAAAGAAGUGAAGAACGACUCAAAGGCAGGUGUGAAGAAAGCGAAGAAGCCGUCCGGGACUGAGGCAAGCCGCGAUAAAAAGGCAUCAAAGACUAAUGACGCUACAAAGAGAGGGAAGACGAGUGAAGACUCGGAGCAGGAGAGUCUCAAAGCUGGAAGAGGAUCCCAGGGAACACCUUCCGUCUCUGCAACACCUAAAGACAUGACAGGUGACAUCCCGAAACUCAAGGAGGGAGCCUCUGGAGAAGAGGGGUCUCAGGUGGAGAAGCUGCAAACCACAGAGGGACGUAAGGAAGACAAGAUGAAAGAGGAAGUCUCACUCUGUUCAGGGGUGAAAAGAGGUGAUGUUGAAGAGGUGCAGUCUGAGGGUCAGGAGCAGGAGAGACUCGCUGCCAAGCCAGACAGAGUGAUGGGAUUCCCAUCUCCCUUAAACAAGGUGCCAAAAAGUGACCGGACAGUUCAGCUGGACUUGACCCCGACUGAGUAUACGCUCCUGGAUGGGGCUUUGAGGAGCAACCCAUCGUCACGGUCGUCUCCGGAGAACCACGCCAGCGCGGAUGAGCGGACGGUGGAGCAGGCGUCCCCAGAGUCCAGGCCCAACAGUGCCGGCCACACCCCCUACUGUCUGUCCCCAGAUGACGUGUGGUGCAACAGGAGCGCUAUGAGUCGGCCAGAGAUGAGCAGCGAGUCAAGCACGGUGAACCAGGCCUCCACAAAGCAGAGCGAAGGGCAGGUCGUGCUGCCACCGAAGAGUGCUCCGGAGGGUCACCCUGCUCCGAGAGAGAAGCACCUCAGUUUCUUGUCUCUGGGUCCGCUGAAAGAAGCCGCCACAGAUCGGUCUCCGUCCGUGGCUACGACCACGACGCACUCGAUGCCGGCGGAGGUCAGCUCUCCACAGUCCACAGAAGUGGACGAGUCGCUUUCCAUGUCCCUGGAACAAGGACCAUCCUCCGUGAGCCACCGAGAGACUGAAGACAGCGUCCACCUCUCUCACUCGAAUGGCGGCCAUUAUGUGUUGCCCAUUAAGAAGCCACCGCGCUCUUUAGGUCCUGAGAUGGGGCGCCCUCCAGCUCCUGCCUCACUUCAUUUUGGUGCUUCCACUCAUGAUGUGGACCUGUGCCUGGUGUCUCCCUGUGAGUUCAAACACUUCAAAGCGCUGGACUCUGGUGGAGCCAGUGAGGCCUCCAAAGGGGCCUUUGGUUCACAUCUCCACAGCAGCAACAACAACCACCAAAAGGACAUGUCCCCCAGUGAGACCAACGCCCCGCCCUGCACCGAGGACUUCCCCUCCACGACGGCAGACGGAGUCCUGGACUCAGAUGAGGAGGAUUCCUGCAGCGAGCCCACCAACUCGCCCCGUGACUUGAGAGCCAGUCAGGCUCUCCCACCUGAUCCUCCCCCAGCUCCGCUCAGGGACAGCCCGCCGCUACCCCCUCACCCAGACACCACCAUGCCUGUCCCCCUGUCUGACUCGGACGGGAAGAGAGCGACGUCCACCAGUGUCCGAGUGAAAAAAAAUGGGGUUGUGGACGGCCCUCAGAAACCAGGCUCGGGAAGAACCAAACACCUGAGCGGAGUCACAAAGAUCAAAAAGGACAGCAGUGCACCAACACGCACUUCCAGCACCAGAUCAGCACCAGCUAAAUCCUCACCCUCUCCAGAAUCCUCCUCGUGUGCGGAAGAUUUCAGCGUGUUCGUGGAUCUGGCCUACAUCCCCUCCGGAGCCUCCUCCCCGACGGUCUCUGUGGACUUCUUCAGAUGUGUUCGCUCCUCCUGCUACAUCAUCAGUGGUGACAGUGCAGAAAGGGAGGAGCUUCUCAGGAGCCAUCUUGACUCCCUGCUGGAGGGGAAGUCCGCCUGGUCUGAGGCUAUACAGGUGACGGUGAUCCCAACGUUCGAGUCAGUGUGCAUGCAGGAGUGGUACCAGCAGACCCUGGAGCAGCAGAAGGAGCUGGAGAUCAUCGUCUUGGGCUCCAACAGCACCGUGGCCAUGCAGGACGAAACCUUCCCAGCCUGCAAGAUCGAGUUCUAACAACCAGAGAGGAAGAAGCAAAGAGACCACUGCUGAAGCGGUUCAGUCACUUUGGCUCUACUUCCUUCCUUCUAGUUCCUGAUGCACCAGAACCCAGAAAGAAGACCCACAAGACCCAGAAAUGAUUAUUGCAUGAAUUAGUUUGACCGAUGACCCUGUACUGAGCAGGUGAGGACUCCACUGUCGAAGCAUGUUGGACUCCUAGAAUACAUCCCAUGUGAUAGCUGAACCGCUGAUGGCACUUGAAGUGUGGUAAUACAUGUGGGCUUGUGUUGUUUACUGUAAGGAGAAAACCAUACAUUCAAACCUUUGAAAGCUUUAUGUGUCCCAUUGAGUAGGCUGGUCAAAAAGCAAGGAUAGGUGGUGUGUACUGUGUGACGUACUUGUUGUUCUGCUGUGGCUUUACUGUUACAUGCCGACCCGAAGACUGUGGCUGCAUCCGAAUGUACAUUGGUAUGAAAGUAGCUGAAUAAAACUGCUAACAAUCAUCACUAACGCUUCCCCGACCCGACGGACUUUAUUUCACUGGUGUUUUACACCUCAGUGUUCCUUCACACACUUGAGUCAAAAGUGAAUACUUCAUGGAAUUUACCUUUGAUCCUUUAAUGACACAAGUUUUGCACAAUAAUGCAGAUUGAUUAAAACUUACGACCCCUUAUGUGGGUCACCUUAAUACUGAUCCAAAUGCUCACGCCCACGGGUCUAUGAUACAUAUGUUGUCCUGGUCAUCUGUCACAUAAAGCUAUCUUUGUUAAUAUAAAUGCUUUCUUCAGCCAGCCUUGAGUUGACGUUCAGU